CCCCCCCGCCCCACAGCUGGGCGUGCUCCGCUUGCUAACCGCGCGGCGCGAGAGGAGACGCUACUGAGCACGUGCGAGGCGUUUCUCUGAGGAGCCCCGACCCCUGGGGAUCAAUACCAUGGAGCAUUUGGAUUACCGCGGCAACGGCGACCACACCCGAUCGCAGGCCUCCUAUUGGACCUGACGGAGAAGGCGUCAGGAGGCAGGCAGGGGAUCCAGGGGCGCGACGUUUGGCAGGAUGUUCGUGAACUUGAGGAGGAUCAGGAAGUGGCAGUGUGUGCGGCUGAUGCUGAUGACCACGGGCCUGGCCAUGUGCAUGCUGCUGGUGAGCUGGGAGCAGCUGGACCACCACGUGGUCAGCCACAUGCGCUCCUACUCCUACCGCUACCUGGUCAACAGCUACGCCUUCCUCAACAGCAGCUUCAGCGUGGGCCACGCCCGAGCCCGGGCCCUCGCCGACCCCCCCUUCCUGAUCGACCCCGAGCGCAAGUGCGCCGCCGACGACGUGCUGCUCCUCCUCUUCGUCAAGUCGUCGCCGAAGAACGUGGAGCGGCGCGGGGCGAUCCGGGCCACCUGGGGCAACGAGACGUACGUCCGGCGGGAGCUGGGCGCCGCCGUGCGGGUGCUGUUCGCCCUGGGCGUGCACCCCGACGCGCGGGAGCGGGCGGCGGUGCAGCGGGACCUGCUGCGCGAGGACGCGCUGCACGGCGACCUGGUGCAGCAGGACUUCCUGGACACGUUCCACAACCUGACGGCCAAGCUGCUGCUGCAGCUGCGCUGGGCCCACGCCCGCUGCGCACGCGCCCGCUUCCUCAUGUCCGCCGACGACGACGUCUUCGUGCACAUGCCCAACCUGGUGCGCUACCUGCAGGGCCUGCGGCGGGACGGGGCGCGGGACCUGUGGGUGGGGCGUGUCCACAGGGGGGCCCCGCCCAUCCGCCGCAGGGACAGCAAGUACUACAUGUCCCACGACAUGUACCCCUGGACGUCCUACCCGGACUACACGGCGGGGGCGGGGUACGUGGUUUCGGGCGACGUGGCGGAGAAGCUGUACCGGGCGUCGGCCACGCUCAACUCCUCGCUCUACAUCGACGACGUCUUCAUGGGCAUCUGCGCCAAGGUGGCGGGCGUGGCCCCCCAGGAGCACGCGUACUUCUCGGGCGAGGGCCGGGCGCCGUACCACCCCUGCAUCUACGGCGAGAUGAUGACCUCGCACGGUCACGUGACGGACAUACGGCAGCUGUGGGCGGCGGCCACGGCCCCGGCGGUGAGCAGGGCAGCGUCCGGGAUGACGGGAUGGCUGUACUGCACCGUGGUCAAAGCCCUGCUGCUCUGCAGGCCGGACGCCGGAGACACCUACCCCUGCAAGGCAGCCUUCACAUAGCGAGAACUGCCCCCAACUACCCCUGCAAGGCAGCCUUCACAUAGCGAGAACUGCCCCUAACUACCCCUGCAAGGCAGCCUUCACAUAGCGAGAACUGCCCCUAACUACCCCUGCAAGGCAGCCUUCACAUAGCGAGAACUGCCCCCAACUACCCCUGCAAGGCAGCCUUCACAUAGCGAGAACUGCCCCCAACUACCCCUGCAGAGAGCUACCCCCCAACUACCCCUGCAGAGAGCUGCCCCCAACUACCCCUGCAAGGCAGCCUUCACAUAGCGAGAACUGCCCCCAACUACCCCUGCAGAGAGCUACCCCCCAACUACCCCUGCAGAGAGCUGCCCCCAACUACCCCUGCAAGGCAGCCUUCACAUAGCGAGAACUGCCCCCAACUACCCCUGCAGAGAGCUACCCCCCAACUACCCCUGCAGACAGCUGCCCCCAACUACCCCUGCAGACAGCUGCCCUUAACUA